AUGGUGGAGCAUCAGGUGCUCUUCGUCGGGUGCCUGGCGGUGACGCUCACAGAGCUGCGUGUGAAGGGAAACGUGUUCCCCCAGAAGGCGCCGAGCAGCGGUGGGGCAAGGUUUUUUGUGCGGAUGGCCGUGCUGCCGACCCAAGGCAGCGGCACGGAGGAGCGCAUGGGCGAAUUUGUGGAUUCCUCCGUGCACCCGCUAAGCAGCGCUGAGAUGGCGGAGGACCUGCUCAUACCCCUCAUGCUGGAGCGCGCCUUGCCGCUCCCCGCCGCCGCCGACGACGACAACCCGCCUCACGCCACGCAGGAGCAAAACAGCCAGAACGACCUCAAUGCCCCUGAUGCUGUUGCUGCGGGCGAAGUCAAAGGGAACGGGGACAAGGAUAUUACUAAUAAUGUUGCUGAGGUGCGUGGCGACGGCAGCCGCCAAAUAGGUGUGGAGCUGCAUCUGGAGUUCACUAUUGUGCGUGGCAGCAUGCAGUCAAUAAUCGCCCAUCGCACCGUCGUUAUUGACUCCUUGUUCAACGUCGCAAAUGAGAAUUGUGGUGUGGUGAACGCGCGCGUUGCUGCGGCUGCCGCGUUGCGUAGCUCUUCGUUGUGGGGGCAGGGAACUCCGUCGCCCGCCGCAGACCAGAGCCUUUCCCUGGCGGAAGCCAAUGAGGAUGCCUUUUGCUCAGGUUUGGAGCUGCAGUUUAUUGUGCGGGCCCUCGACAUGUCUGAGCCGGUGCGUGUUAUGCUCGCCGCCGAGCGAGAGGCCCGAGCGCUCCUCCGUAUGCCGCAAAAUGGGCUGCAGACGACGUUUCUGUUUCCCGCGCUGCGGUUGCCGUACGGGGCGCUGCCGCUGCUCGUGCUCUACCAGUACUACCGCCGCUUCUACGAGUGGCUCCUCCAAAAGACCCUCCACCUCUCCGAGCACGUGGUAAAGCUGCUGUCUGUGGACGAGAACUGUGGCGGGUCCUAUCGCUGGAGUGCCGUGAGCGUCGUCGACAUGCGCCCCACGCUUCUCGGCGAGGACGCCCUGGCCCCACUCCUGGCGACGCUGUACCACUGCCCCUCGCUUUGCGCACUGCUGCUCGAUCAGAACGGCGCCGGCGACUUCACGUGCUACUGGCUCUCCGCCCUCUUCCACAAGCACCGCUACCUGAGCGAGGUCUCGCUCUGCCGCAACAACAUCUACGAAUGCGGCGCGGAGCAGCUGCUUCGCCUCACACGACGGAAUAAGCGCCUGACGCGGGUCGACGCCAGCGGCAACCCGUGCUCCCCCCGCAUCCUCGGGCGCAUUCGGUGUGUGACGGAGAUGAACCAAGAGACGCUACGAAAGGAUCCCUUCAAUGCGGCUUCCAUCCUCUACGCUUACGCCACCUCUCCCGCCUCCUUUGCGCCGGCCAUUACCAAGAAGGCCCUCACACUGUGGGCCAUGUUGUCUGUAGCUCCUCUGAAGGCGGCCGACGGUGCGUUUGCGGGCGAGCGUCCAUCGAUGAUCCCUCAAGCCGCAUUGGCCCCGCUGCUGAACGAAGUCAUGCGCACCGUUGCGUUGAAGAUGUCCGCCUUGAUACGAGACCCUUUCGUAUGCAUGGUGUUUUCCGACAUUGAGACGCAGUGGAGGUUGGCGGCUUCCGCGCCCCGCGAGGCUGCACCGCCGGUGCCCGCGAAGGAGGAUGGGGCGAAGAAGGCGGGGCACGGCCAGGAGGGAGACGACGUGGCACCCACCGUGGGCGUGGAGGAGCUCUACAGCUUCUCCUUCCUACGCGUCGUUCUUGUUACCAUGCGGAGUAUGACGCGGGAAGGGGACUGGGUGGAAAGCGCCACCGUCUUGCAAUGCAUUGGGCGACGCCAAAAAGAAAUUGGCGUCGUCGCCGAUGACUACCGUGCCGCUCUGAAGGUGUUCAUUGAGGCCCUCAUCACCGUCUGCGGCAGGGAACCCGUGGACGUGGAGCACUCCACCGCCUUUCUUCAAUGCCUCGCAGUGGGCGUGAGAACGUGCCUCGCCGUGUAG